AUGCUCUCAACCAUGUCGCCUCCCUCGUCCUUCGGUGAUAAUAAUGGUGUCAGUCCCUCCUUUGGCGGUCCUGGCCCAGGUAGUGUGAGCGGUAUGACACCGUCCCCCAGUGCUCGCGUGGGAGAAGGGCCGAGCCCCCUAGGCGUUCGACCCGACCGUCCUUGCGAUGGCUGUCGCCGUCGCAAGAGUCGCUGCGUCAUCAACCCAGACGCGGCCUCGUGUGUGAUGUGCCAGUUCCACAAGCAGGCCUGUACCUUUAUCGAAGACGCCGCUCCACGCCGACGAAAGCAGCAGCCUCCCACUCCCACCGCCUCGACUACCCUCCCUGGGGGCAUUGCCAAUUCCGAGAAUGCUUCGGUUGCUUUCCUAGCUCGGCAGAGACGAUCAGGUUCCGAUGGCAACGGCCACGCCCCACGACGGCAAUCUGCUGAAUCCAUUCGUACUGGUCCCGUCAUCGACGAUUAUGCCAACUUGCAGGGCGAGUCACUGCUGAAGAAGACCUUGGGGCUGCAAAAUCAUAGAUAUGCAAAAUACAUUGGACCUACCGAUGAACAUGACUUUGCACUGCUAGAUCUUCGACUAUACGACGACAUCAAGGGCGAGAGUCCCGCCGACCAAGGCUCCUUUCGCAAAGUCGGCCCCAACGAGUUCUUCCACCAAUAUGCCGACUCGGACUCUCCCAACCACGCCCGGGAGGUCGAGGAGCUCGACAACAUCGAGCGCAUUGUCGCCCCCCACGGCGAGGCUCUGAUCAAGCUCUACUUCCGGAUUGUCCAUCCGACCUUUCCCAUCUUGCACAAGAAAGUCUACCUGGAGAAGUAUGGCCGGACCCAUCGGGAGUUCUCGCCUCCCUUGCUGGCCGCCGUCUACAUCCUGGCGUUGAACUGGUGGUCCUACAGCGCCGAAUUGGCCAAACAGCUGAAGCCCAACAUGGCCGAACUCGAAGACGUCGCCUACCGGACCCUCCAAGACGUCUCGCACCGGGCCAAGCUGUCCACCGUCCAGGCAGGGCUGCUCCUGCUCCAACGGCCGGGCAGCAACCAGGCGUGGCAGCUGACCUCCCAGCUCGUCGCCAUCGGCCAGGAUCUCGGGCUGCAUCUGGACUGUUCGAACUGGCGGAUCCCGUCGUGGGAGAAGGGGCUUCGGAAACGACUGGGCUGGGCGCUAUUCAUGCAAGACACGUGGUCGGCCUUGAUCUAUGGACGGCCUCCUCACAUUUCCUCGACCAACUGGGCCGUGCAGCCAGUGAUCAGCAGCGACUUCCCCGAAAGUGCCGCCGACGAGGACGAGGAGGACGGAAGCACCGAGGUCGAGAAGGGCCGGACGCUGUUCAGCGCGAUGAUCACGCUGACCAAGAUGCUCGCCGAGGUGCUGGAGGGACUCUACUCGCUCAAGGCGGAAAUCGAAGUCAAGAACUCGUACGACAGCACCAAGGCCAUCCUCGACCGCGCCAAACCCAUCCAGCUCAAGCUGCGAUCGUGGUACACCGAGAUGCCCGAGACGCUGCGCAUGGACGCCACGCGCGUGGGCAAGCUGAGCUCGGUGGGCUACCUACACCUGGCCUACUUCGCCACGGAAAUCACGCUGCAUCGCCGGAUCCUGCGCUCGCUCUCGCACAACACCGACCCCUACAUGAUCCAGAUCUGUCGGUCCGCCGCCAAAGCGCGGCUGAUCAGUGCCAUGGACUUUUUCAACCGGCUCAAGCCCGAGCACCUCCAGUCGUUCUGGUACUUUGCGUCCAAGUUCAACUUUGCGCUGAUCGGCACCUUUGCCGGGCUGUGCUUCGUCACCUCGGUGAGCCAGGAGGAGGCCGAGUUCUACCAGCGCCGGCUGCAGGAAUAUCGCUGGACGCUGCGGGUGUCGAACAAGAGCGCCGAGUUCUUGGAGAUUGCCAGCGGCAUCCUCGAGUCGGCCGUGGGAUCGCUGCUGAAGGCCGCCGACGCCAUCGACAGCCGGCGCUGGUCGUUCCCCAUGCUCCAGCAACAGCCCGAGGAGGAUACGGCGAUGGAGUCCUUCUUCCCCAGCACCGACGAUGCCUUUUACGACAUGCAGAUGGACUCGUGA